AUGCCAACCGGCAUUCAACGCCGACGAACCCAGCACCGACGACAACUUUCCACACCUGCUGCCUUCGACGCGCAACCAGUACGCCCACAACCUGCUAACUCACCACAACGACGACAUAACCGAUCCGGCAUGAGCCUGGACCUUCGGGGUAUGACCCUGAGUACCACUCAUGCCGCGCAACACGGCCAUUACCCGGAUUACACCACACCAGGACCCAUCGACACCCGAUCCUUCCAGCAGGAGGAUAGUACGACCUCUCUCCCAUCACCGCGCACUCCCCACCAAUCUCUUCGCGCGCAGUCUCCCCAACAGCCUCCUCAUUCCCCAUCUAAAGCUCCUACAGAACAGCAACUGAAAGAGCUCCCCGGGGCAUUUGCAAGCCACGAGCCGCUUACUGCGAUCACACAGCCGCCAAACUUCACUGAUAUGGGCGAUCUCAAUUUUGAGCCUACGUCAAGUGCCAUGACCUUCGACUUCGAGAACCCAGAGGCCGACAUGGGCUACGAGUCAUCAUCAUAUUACACCUCAGAUGCACUAUCACCAUCACCAAUCUCCUCGCCAACACGGGAAACAAGAAACACUUUCCUAGAAGGUAUUGAGGAGCACAAGGAGAUGAGUUUCUCGCAACCACCUACACUGUUACCUAGCCCACAGUCUUCAAUGGCACUCACAGGUCUGCCGCUUGAUAUGGAAUCGUAUGAGCAGUCACCAAUGUUCAACGAUCUCGAUGUUGACGCAAGCCUCGAGUACACUGGUAUUGCCCCGGAAGAAGUCCAGCGAUAUAUCAGUGAACAAGAUCCUGUUACUAGUAAAUGGACUUGUCUUUAUCUUGACUGUGGUAAGGUUUUCGGCCGACGAGAAAACAUUCGAUCCCACGUCCAAACACAUCUUGGAGACCGUCAAUUUAAGUGCAACGGAUGCGGCAAAUGCUUCGUUCGCCAGCACGACUUGAAGCGACAUGCAAAGAUUCAUUCUGGCAACAAGCCUUACAAAUGCCCCUGCGGCGCCGGCUUUGCGAGACAAGAUGCGCUCACCCGCCAUCGACAGCGCGGUAUGUGUGUCGGUGGCUUUGCUGAUGCCGUCCGAAGACAAGCAAAACGUGGCAGGCCAAAGAAGAAUCGACCAGACAUGGAAGACCGCGUGGACAAAGCUACUCGCACACGAAGAGCUCUGGCAUCCGCAGCGCCGUCAUCAGCAGGUUCGCCAUAUUCUGAGGUCCGAUCACCAUCGCCACUUGACGGCUACAAGGCAGCUCAGUCGCACAACCUGCCUCAGAUGAUGGCUGAUGCGCAGAGCUACAAUGAGUCUAUGAAUGCCUCAAAUGACCCAUUCAGCUUUGACACUUCAUCAAGUCGUUGCGUAGAAGAUACAGAAAUCGCGCAGUCAAAUUUCAUGACAACAUCUUCGUACGUGAGCGACGUUGCAUCCAUGAACAUCCUCCAGCAACUCUCUCAGAGUUCACACACACCGCCUAUGUCGCCUGCGGAGCUGCGUCCUCAUUCAUCUGGAUCGACCAAGGAGGCGAAUGCCCCAGCCGAAUCAAGUCCAUUAAAAGGGUCGUCGUCCCCAUCUAGAUCGUCAAUACAGUCUAACCAAUUCACGACACCUCCCACAUCGCCAAUGGAACCAAAAGACGACUUGAAUGAGCUUUUUGACAUCCUUCCGGACAAUUCAUAUUCACAGUUUGAUUUAGAGAUGAAGGCCAUGGGCGAUUUCACCUCCCUUGACAAUUCCUCAUACGACCUUUUGGACUUCACCGUGUAG